CGGAUACAGUGUUUGUUGAAUGCGCGUUGCGCACCUUCCACCAUCUACCUCGUGCUUGAAGUUUCUCGUUAGACUCGAAAGCGACCGUCGAACCGCUUUUUGAGCAACAUACCUCUCUCCUUCUUUGCAUUUUGUGUCCCACGCACAAUCUCGCCAUGAAGUCGAGCACUGACGCACGGAAACCGUACGGAGGGCCAGUCCGAUCUCUAGUCGUCGCUAUCGAUGUCGGUACCACUUUCAGCGGAGUGUCGUACGCGAUCCUAGUACCUGGCGAAGUACCUAAAAUACAUGGGGUCACUCGCUUUCCGGGUCAAGAACACGUAGCAGGAAACCAGAAGAUUCCAUCGAUUCUGUGGUACAAUGCAAAGGGGCACAUAAUGGCCGCUGGUGCGGAGGCAGAGACGUCGUCAAUUGUAUCGCAGGCGGAGGAUGAGGGUUGGAUCAAAUGUGAACUAUUCAAACUUCGUUUACGACCGCGAACGAUGCAGCUCAAUAUGAACGGAAUGCGACUUGGGCGACUUCCCCCCGGGAAGACGCCGGUGCACGUUUUUGGCGACUUUCUAUCCUAUCUCUUCCUUUGCACCCGCAACUUCAUAGUCGACACUCAUGCGGCCGGAGCAAGUCUCUGGGCGGCGGUGGAAAACGACAUCAAAUUCGUUCUAUCGCAUCCCAACGGCUGGGAAGGCGCGCAGCAGUCGAAGUUGAGAAGAAGUGCUAUUCAUGGUGGCCUCGUACCCAAUACGAGUGCCGGGAAGGCAAGAAUUUUCUUCGUUACGGAAGGAGAAGCCAGUCUGCAUGCUUGCGUUUUGAACGGACUGGCAGCUGACGUCUUAUCGGAUCCAUCUAAACCUGGGUUUUUGAUUGCAGAUGCGGGUGGUGGAACAUGGGAUAUCUCGACGUAUAGCAUCACCGGACAGAACCCAUUGUUAAUCGAGGAAAUUGCACCCCCAGACUGUGUCUUCGCCGGUUCUGUGUUUGUCAGUCGACGUGCCCGUGAAUUUCUGGGGAAGAAACUGGCAUCGUCGAAGUACGGCUCUCCCGAGUCCGUCGAGCACAUAACCAAGCGCUUCGAUGAAACGACGAAACGACUCUUCCGAGACGACAAGACCCUACAAUUCAUUGCAUUCGGAAGUCCUCUCGACAAAGAUUUGGCUGUGGGAAUUCGUGGUGGGCAAUUGAAACUGACGGGCGCUGAAGUGCAAGAACUCUUUGAGCCGCCUAUUGAAGAUGCGUUCAAAGCCAUCAAAGCUCAAAUCGAUGCUUCGGCUGGUGUUGUGAAGUCUGUCUGGCUUGUUGGCGGCUUUGCCGCCAACUUCUGGCUUUUUACGCAGCUUCAAGAACGUCUGACGCCGUACAAUGUGACAGUGAACAGACCGGAUUCUCAAACUUCCAAAGCGGUAUGCGAUGGGGCCAUUGGAUUCUUUGUGGACCAUUACGUCAGCGUCCGUGUCUCCAAGGCGUUUUAUGGUGUCGAAUAUCUGCGAACAUUUGAUCCGCACAACCCUGAACACGUCGCGCGUGAAGCUUCGCUCUGCGAACUACCAUCCGGCCCGCGUUUACUACCCGAUGCUUUCGAUUGCAUUCUCAAGAGUGGAAUUAGAGUGAAGGAGUCUACAGCGUUUUCUCGCAAGUACUCGACCGAACUGACGAGCUUGAACGUUUUGUCGGUGUUCGAGGUCUUGGUCUGGUGUUUUCGUGGCAAGGGCGAAAUACCCGCUUGGAUCUUGCGGAAUACCGAGGAAUUUUCAACGCUAUGCAUCGUCAGAGCCGACCUGUCACCUCUGAAGGGGAGUGCCGUUCCUCAGACUGGUAGAAACGGCAAGACUUUCUGGAAGAUUAUCUUUUCUGUUGAGAUUCAUUUUGGUCUGACCGAGUUUGGCGCAAGAAUCAAAUGGCUGGACAACGGAGAAGUGAAAUAGUGAAGGACAUCACAUUAGUAUCGUCGCACUGUCUGAUUGCCUUGCAGCGGGCCUGCCUCGAUCGUGUAUAACGAACGAGGACGACGAAUGGAGGAAGACGAGCCGGAUAUGUUCUCUGAGGACGAUGCCGACGGAACUACUCCAAGCAGGAGACGAAGAUCGCCGCCAGCUCUCUCUCGUCCACCAUCAAUCGCCGCGCAGGACCGAGCCCCGGUACCAGCAGAGCCAACUCCUCAAGUGGCGCGACUGCCUGAUGCGACCGCGUUAUCCAGCAGUGUGCCAGCAACUAGUAUCGCAGCCAGCAGUGUGCCGAUGAGCCGGGCCAUCUCUUCGCAAGGACGCAAGACUUCGAAGAAGGGCAAGGAACGACAGCUCACCACGGAACGAGAUGUAGCCACUCCGCCCGCAAUCAGUACUGUGCCGAGUCGCGGGUCGACACAGCUGGCGGAUGCUCUCGACUCCGUCUGGGGCAAAGGCCAUUCAGUCUCCCCUUCACUCAGCAGGUCCAUCAGUCGAAGCGUUGCCACUCCUGUCAGUGAGAUCAUGGCCCCUCCGACGCCUCUUGCUGUUGAUCCGGCCAUCGACUUGGCUCGACAACCGCUCACGCCCAAGGAACCCAUUGUUCCGCCACAGCCAACGCAUCCGGCAUCGUCGGUGCCUUCAGCGGCAUUCCAUGACGACAGCAAUCCCUGGGGCGAGACAAACACAUUCCUGUCUCAGACAGGGCCUGCUGAUGCAUCCACGCUAUUUGGCCCUACGACAACCGGAAACGACCUCCUCCUGGAUGCAUUCGAUAUAGGACCACCAGCAGACGUCCCUCACAUGAUGCCUACUGCACAAGAGCCGGCACCUUCGGCAGAACCAGAACCAGAGCCGGAGAACCCGAGCCGGAGCCGGAGCCAGAGCCAGAGCCAGAGCCGGUCAGCAAGAAAGGUUCUAAAGCCUCCAAAGCUGCGUCGAAGGCUGCGUCAAAGGCUGCGUCGAAGGCUGCUUCCAAAGCCCCUUCGAAGAAAGCGACACCGGCAGUGUCCAAAGCUCCUUCGAAGGUUCCCACACCAGCAGCGUCUCCCGUUCACACAGCCAUACAGCUGCCGAAUGACGACAAUACUCCAGUUUUCGCAACUGGGAACACUCCAGAGCCUCCAGGCGAGGCCGAAGCCCCGGCUGAGGUUGCUGACGCGUUCGCUGAGUCUGCGCCGGCGGAGGCCGUACAGCCAGCAGUCACUGAAGAAUCACUGAAUUCUGCAGUUGUUGAUGAAGCGUUCAAAUCUCCGGAGCCGAUCGCAAACACAUCGGAGACUGCAAUCGCAACAGCGUCUCAAGCUGUCUCUCCCGACAAAGGGCCAUCCGCUUCUUUGCCCGAAGCUGACACCAAUCCUGCAGCAGAGCUCGAGAGCGCAGCUCCCGCCAUCGAAGCUUCCGCUGUCGAAACUCCCACUGCUGAUCCUACUCAAGAAACUUCGAUCCCCGAGGCUCCUGCGGAGACUGUUCCAGAGACUCCUGUGGUCGAGGCUCCUGCAGUCGAAGCACCUCCUGAAGCCCCAGCUGAGGCCCCGAAGGAGGAUGAAGAUGAUGGGUUCUUUACCUCUAAAGCCAAGCAGAAGAAAAAGAAAAAGGGCAAAAAGUAGACAUGAUUAGAUCAGAUAGUGUUGUCAUAUGUUGUUGUACUCACCGGGCCAUUGACCUUCGGCUUCGACCUGUACGACCCAUCAUCUCGUUCCUGGAUUCUUGUAUCGAGCGUCCAUCAUCGUCAACCGCCACCUUCAUUCUUUUGGAGUGGUCUCGAGAAGACUAAUUGACUCGAGUCGACAUCUUUUACGACUUUUACGAACUCAGCCCUCGAUUCAAGCUUCACGUAGUUGCUUGACAUUCGAUUCGGCCCAUGCCCUUCCCGUUUACGUUCAAAUUCGCUGUUCCGGGUCUCAAUCCCUUUGCGACCCAAGAACCACAGCCGGUGCCAGUAGCUUCGUCCAGCUCUGGUCCUUUCCGUCCCCCUACUUCCCCCGCGCGGCGUCGAGACCGCCACACGCGACCACAGACUAUUCCCGAUAGGACCUCAUCUAGCCGCUCUCCCUCCGCAUCUGCUCCCAUAUCAAGGAAGCGCGGCUGGGAUCCGUCCCUCGCAGAACCGAGCCAGUCUACCACCACGCUCGCGUCCGGCAGCGGAUAUCUCGAUACGCCUGCAAAAUAUCGAGAGAUGGCGAUCUCUUCGCGUAGGGGCGACGAUUCUGAAAUUACCGAGAUGGCAAUGUCUGUUCCUGAUCUUCCUCCCCCCGCGAAACGCCGACGAGGCCUUGCUGGCUCCAUCGUCUCUACUGCUGUCAGCGCUGCGCUGAUAGGCACCGCAGUCGGACUGACUGUGUAUCGAUUGUGGAGAGAUCGUGGCAAAGACGCAGAGCAAAAGGACGACUCGCGAGAAUCGGAGCAACCUCCUCCCCCUCCUCCAUAUCAACAAGGCGGAUGGACGCCUGCUCAAGGCUCUCACGCUAUCCACGUCACACCUCCAACCCCCAUGGCCACUCCUCGCCGUCGGAAAGUUCAUCACGGUCACGCGUCCAGACGAGCUGCUCGUGCGAGGUCACGUGCCCACGCACACAGCACAAUUUCACCCCCGCCCAGCGUUGAUCCUUCUCAACCGCAACGCGACGUGGAAAUGGAGGAGGAACCUUCUGUGGUCGAGGAGCAGAUGGACUGGCUCGGUGGUCAGUUGGCUGCACUCAUUCAAGAAGGUCAGAAAGCUCUAGGGCGUGAGAUUGUUGUGCAAAGUGAGGCUCAAGAAGAUGAAAUUGAUGAUGGAACUGGUGUCUGGGAGGAAGAAGAGGGCGGUUUCCAUUCUGAAUUCGGCGGGCUCCCGAAUCGGACCUCUUCGCCGCGGCGCAAACGCCAACCUCCUCGAAACCUCACCCUUGUCCCUUCGUCACACUCGUCCCGACCGAACUCUGCUUCGCCCCGUACCCAACGAUUCGAUUUCGUAUCCGCAUCCCUCCCAUCUUCCGCCGGCUCCCGAGGUUGGCCGCAGACACCUGAUUUCGGGCGGAGCAUGUCUGCGGAGUCCGACCUGUCUCGAUCUCUCUCGACACGAGAAACGGAAAGUUCCUGGGAUAGCCCAGAACUUAAGGAAACAAUGGCACGCGCCCGGGCGCGUGCUUUAGCUAAUCGGGCUGCAGGGUAGAUCUUCACAGUCCGAGACCUGCAAUAUUGACCGUAUAUUGGAAUUAAGCUGGAACUAACUGAUUGUCCCUGGGCCGUUUCUGCAUAUGUACAGUACAGGACAUACGUACAUAUCUACAUACGUUUCAGUCACCAUGUAAAUCAGUAUCUUCGGGUGUUGCACUUGACAGAAACCAUGACAGAUUCCGUGCACUGCAUAUCCGAGUCAGCCAGCUAUGCUAGACUUCCACCUUGCUCUUCCACCAGCGGCGUAAAUGCCAGAACUACCAUCGGAAGUGAUUCUGCAUAUUCUGUCGUUCAUACCCGUCCCCGAGCUCAUACCGGGCGUCAACUUCCAAUUCUACAACUACUAUCUGGAUGCCAGGUAUGGGAGCAUUCGGAUUGAGUCGAUAGACCAUCGCACUUUCAGGCUUAUCGAGCGUCUGAAAGAUCCUGUUGUCGCCCGGCGCGUGCGCAGACUGGUUGUCCGGCCGCCCACACUCCCGCUCGCGCCCACUGGUCCACCUCACAAUGCACGAGCGACAAUACGGAGAUUUCUCUCGUUUAUGACGCGUGUAGCACCAGAGUGGUUGACUGUCGAGGACAUCAUCGACAGCUUGAUGCUGGUCCUCCCUCGGCUGGGGAAUCUGACGCACUUCGAGAUUGAAACGUGGGAUAUCCCGCCGGAGAUGGACCUGCAGCCAUUCUUCCGGACUGCGUGGACCGCGUUCGGGGAGCGACUGGUGAGCAUGUCGAUCGCGGGGCGGCCCGAGACGUUCUACCAGUUCACGUCCUCAGAACCAAGGCUAUUUUCAUGCAAACACCUCGGCUUGCAGUUUACGCGCGAGCUGGACACGAUGGCUAGCGCGGCAGUGACCGAUAUCCUUGUCAACUCCGUUGCGCCCUUCAUAAACGGCCUGGCGACUCAGCUUGAAUCGCUCCGGAUCUGGUCCUGGUCGACCCUCGAUCUAUCGACACUGUUCCUCCACCUGGGCGCUUUCCCGAAACUCCGCAGAUUUCAUUUGCGGGCACCGUUCAACAAGGCGUUCCCUGACCCGACGGGGUUGACGCGCCUUCUUGAAGACAACGCGAGGACGUUGGAGAUGAUCGAGCUGCGGCUGAACCCGGCUGGAAGUGCGAUGGACCCAGGCAUAGAGAAUGCCCUUGCGGAGUGGUUCGCAUCGCACUCUGCACAGCCAACCGUGCUCAGCGAUCUGGACUCGCUCUUUAUCUAUCCCACGACGCACGCGGCCGGCUUCACUGCUUUGAUGAUGUAUGUCGGGCGCUCGGCCGGCACACUUAGGUCGCUGGCUGUGAAGGACCGGUAUUUGACUCUCGGGGAGGUGCAGUCUCUCGUUGGCCCUCUCUAUGGUCUGCGCACACUUCGAUUGAAUGUGCGUAUUUGGGACGUGGAGCUCUUCCGGCUCCUUGAGAAAAGUCUGCCUGGCUUGAAGAGUUUGUCGCUCUAUGUCGGAGGUUCUCAUCCGCACCGAGCUGCGGUAGAAACUCUGUUCAAUGAGAUGCAGGAACAACCGAUGUCGUCUUGGGAUCUCCAAGACAUCGGGGUAUGGCAGGGUGGCUCUGAAAUCCCGCUGAGUACAAUGCAUCUUUUGGCCCGGUGCAUCCCUUCUGUGCACGGUUUCUGGGGAAACGGACACAUGGACAGUGACAUGAAGAUUUAUGAUUGA